UUUUGCGUCGUUAUUGUGAAAGUUGUUUUUAAAAACACUAACGACAAUAAUAUUUCAAAGCAAUCAUUAAAUUAACGUAAAUAGUUUAAUUAAUUAAAUAAAUUUUAUUGUUAAUUUGAAUUAAGUGUUCGUUUAUUUGUUUAAAUAAAAUAAAAUGCCGUCUGAAAUUCGCAAGCCCGCGAAAAACGACAAGACCCCGCGGCGCAAGAAACCUGAAGAUCAGUUGAGUGGCGCAAUGGACUUGUUCGCGUCUCCAAAACGUCCUAAAGUAGACGUUUUAGAAGUGACGGGUGUGUCGAGGAGUGGCCGUGUCAGGAAAAAAUCAUCAAAGCUGAUGGACUUUGAAUCGCCGGAUGAUUUAGCAGACCAUAAACUGAAGAGACAACAAAAAGCACAGCAGCUUCAUGCUCAGCAGAUGUUGGAGAGGUUUGAAGCACAAGCUGCCGCAGCUACUGCUGCUGCGGAAGCGAAUGCUACACAGCAGGCUCUUGCAAGAAGUAGAAAAAAUUCAGGAACUCAUGGUGGCUCGCAGAAACUUAAACAAGAGCCACUGUCUGAUCCAGAAGAACAAAGCUCAGGAUCUGACUCCGAUGAAGUUUCUAAUGACGAUGACAGGUUUUCGGUUGAUAGUCCCAGCGAUGAAGAAGUUGACCCUCUGCUUAUUGAUGAAAAAGAAACAGGGUUCAAAAGAUUAGAACCGCCUGAUCAAGAGACUCCUUCUCAAGCUAAUAGUCUUUAUAUGCUGGAGAAAUGUAGGAGAAAGUUGAUUAUUAAAGAUGGAAAAGUAAUUGGACGUAUGAAAGCUCAGAGAAAGGAUAAAGGGAAAACAAGAUUUACUGCUUACAUGUUAUGGUCCAAAGAAGUUAGACAAGAAUUGUUGGAAAAAAAUCCUAAUAUGGAUUUCGCAACAAUAUCUAAAAAACUGGGUGAGCUCUGGGCAACGGUCCCUAAUCUCGAGAAAUACAACUGGAGAAGAAGAGCUAAACGUUUAGCUACCAAACCCAAUUGCAAGACAUCAUUUAAAGAAGAAAACCCAAUGCAGAAAAAUUCACCACCAGGUUCUCGUAAGAAGUUCAUCAAUAAGAUCGGUAAUGGAAAAGAAAUAAAGUCUCCAACGAAGAAAACAGCACAAUCAGGAAUAGCUUCCAUGGGUGGUAACUCUCCAAUAUCGCCGACGUCUAAUCGCGCUGGAAAAGAUCUCGUCAAUGAGCCGGUGAUAGGAACGGGGAUGUACAAAGUCGUCGGAACCCAGCCGGUGGACGUGGCAGCUCACUUGAAACUUCUUGGCGAGAGUUUGACGAUUAUCGGCGAACGUUUGAAAGAACACGAGGGUCAAAUAGCCGUCUCUGGUAGUCUAUCGGUUUUAUUAGAUUCUUUACUCUGCGCUUUGGGUCCUCUCGUGUGUCUUACUCAGCAAGUGCCGGAAACUGAUGGCGCAGACCCUGAAUUGUUAUCCGAAAUGCUUGAUAACAUUGCGUACAUCAUGCCAGGAUUGUAAUUUAACCACAUCACGUGAUUCUUGUUUAAACUUCCUCUAGUUUUAAGACAA